GCCGGCGGCUUUCUCUCGUCUACUCAUGUCCUUGCUUGACCUCCCGCUCGAGCUCUUCAUCGACAUACUCUCGCAUGCACUCUUUCUUCACCCCAAACCCGCAGACGUUCUCUGUGUUGCGCAUGCAUUUCGCGUACACGGCGAGCGCGUGCUGCACACUAACCUCCGCUUCCGGACCGUGCGCCAGCUCGCGCUCUUUGGUGCCUCACAGAAAGUCAACGGAGAGUGUAAGCUAGCAUGUGCUGCUAAGACACUCUACGUAACAUUACCCGGAGGGACAGCUAGUUCUAAUGUCUUCUUGCUGCUUGCCAGUGUACUGCGUCGCUGCCGAGCUGCGUGCGACAACCUUGCAGAGGUACAAGCUCCGGGAGAUAAGGUCCCACUAAAUGUUCUUCAACUAUGCCUCCACUCGCACAUGCGCACCAAUGUUCAACACAUCUAUGACGCUCUUGUUCUUGCUGAUCCGCGAGAAUUCACUUGGAUCGGUCCAGACCCGCCGCACCACUUUUCCACUGCGAUUGUACCAGCAGCCACAAAUCAGCUGUUUCUCGCUAUCAGUACCUGGCCGAACAUCGUUCGUCUCAAAUUGGCCAACCUAUCCUUUCCCUCUGAUCCCCUCUGCACCGGCUCGCGCACACUCGGGCCGCCGCUGACGUCAAUAACUCCCCUCCUGCCUGCGCUCCCUACUCUACGGUCACUGGCCCUCGGUCAGGCGACGCUACUUCCCCCGGGUGCAAUCGCCGCGAUGCUCUGUCCAUAUCUGCAUGGGCAAGAGGGCAUGGAUGCACUGGAAGAGGUUUGCCUCGUGGACGCAUACAGCGAGAGCAUCUGGGGCCCACGGAUACGUAGGAGAGACAUUGAGCGUGCCGCGGCGGCACUCGUCCGCGGGCUCAGCCUCGAUGAAGACACGGCUAAGCAUGCAGAGGCGGAAGUACUUUCACGGAUACGGAGGAUCGUCAGAUGCGAGGCACUGACGGAGAGGCUCAUGGGCGGGGAUCGAGUCGAGGGUACUACAGUUCUAGAUUGAGAUGUUCAUCGAGGGAGCGUUACACUCGUGGGUCGGGCGGCGAUUCGUAGCGUACUAGAGGUAUUGUGGUCGAGGUGCGUUGAAUCUCCGGAACGACAUGUACAUGAAGACAAGCCGAGCGGCGGUGUGUAUCGCAUGUCAUUGGAGUCGU